AUGGCAUUUAACAUCACGGACAUAACCACGUCUGAAGAACUUCCCGUAGUAGGGCUGCUACCUCCCUUAGUCCUCAACACCGUCAUGGGGUUGUGUGCCCUUGUCAACGAGGGUUUUGGAAUUCUGGGUAUCGUGGCCAACAUUGUUAACAUUCUCGUAUUCUACAGACAAGGCUAUGACGACAGUGUUAACAUUACGUUAACAGCGCUUGCUGUCAGUGACAUCGGGGCCCUAGUGACCCUACAGAUCACCAAUGUCAUGGUCAACCCGUGGUUUUUAACCCUUGACCUCUCCUUCAACCAGGUGGACUUUGUCUCGCUGGUCAGCUUCUACCCCCACAACUACUUCAUCCGGGUGUGUGGGUUCAUCACGGCCUUCGCCUCGUUCGAGAGAUGUCUGUGCGUGGUGGUGCCGCUCAAGGUCAAACAGAUCAUAACUAAACGCGUUUCCAUAGCAACUAACAUUUUCAUUUUUCUGUUUCUCUGUCUGGAUCUAGUCCCUGUUUAUUAUUUAACCUACUUCGCGUGGACGUUCAUCCCAGAGUUAAACAUCACCAAGCUGAUAGGAAUAGAUCGGGAAAACCCGUACAAUGUGUAUGGGAUUUCGUACUAUUUCACCGACCUUUUCGUACCAUAUUUCUCCUUCUUUGUGAUCAUAGUGUGUAACGUGAUUGUCGCCAUACAACUCAACAGAAGAGCCGCUUGGAAAAGAUCUGUGACCGGCAACAAAGUCAAACCAGGAGAAGUUGUCUCCAACAAAGAGAAAAAACUUGUCCUAAUGCUGACUGUUGUUGCUACCAUUUUCAUCGUCUGCCUGAUUCCCCAGUCAGCUGUACUGACCACGGUCAGUUUGGUGCCAGAGAUCAGCAUGUACGGCGAGUAUUUCGACGUGGCACUCUUGUGUUACAACAUUUCUAACUUCACGGAGACCGUGAGCUCUAGCGUCAACCUGCUGGUCUACUACAAGAUGAGCACUAGGUACAGGGACACGAUACACACUUAUUUCGAUAAGAACGUGAGAAAACAAUAG